AUGAGCGAUCUUCAACACUACCUCGUUUUGCGACGGCACGGCCAAAGAACUCUCACUAUCGGACAAAGCUGUUGUAGAUCUGACUAUGACGCUCUGUCGAUUGGGAACCGGAGUCAAUAUAUAUGCAAUGAGGCUUGGAGAGAGCAGUCCAAGAAACCUGGAGACAUGGCCAUGGAUGAUUGGGUUGACCGGAUUCUUCCUUUCAACUGGACCGUUCGAGCUGAUAAUUCCUCUAGAACUGUGACGAAGCCGUCGAAGUGUCACUCGCAAUCGUACUACUUGCUCUACAUUGCGGUGGGAAGUAUUGUUCUUGCCCCUGCCAUCCCCAGGGUACCCGCCCUGAAGAUUUACUGGCAAUAUCUUAACCCUGAUAUGGAAGAUCAAGCCGACAAUGGAAGCAAAGGAACAUGGAUUAGCCGGCAAAAACUUCGAUUCUCGGGGAUAAUGAGACACCAAAUAAUUCUCAUCAGCGCUGGAUCUCGCUGUCUCGAAUCGUUUUGGGUCUUGUCCAAGAAUGGUCUCUUCACCCACACCGCUGCUCCAAUAGGCCUAAAACUAUGGAAAAUACUUCUAAAUAUCAGGCUCUAG